AUGUCGAAGACGGAGCUCGCUCCGGGCGCCCGAAGACGAAAGGAGACGGCUCUGACAGGCCCCUCGAAGCAUGAUAGGCACCCGCUUGCUCGCAGCCGUCUCAACGACUAUGUUCUUGUUCAUGGAAAUAGCCACGAGAGACCACCCUCCUUCGCGUAUCAGAAUCCGGACGCGGAUGUCAGUCGAGGCUCCCUGACCAAGUACAUGAAUUCCCGUGAUAACAUCACAGAGUACAUGCUGGAGUGUCGACGGGCAUUUCCUCCAGUCUCAGACUAG